UAAACUUAUAAAUGUGUCUAUUCAAUUCAGUCCCAAACAACAAAUCUACAGUCAAGAUGCGUGCAUUUUUCUGUCUUUUAUUUAUUGCUCUGGCAUACGUCAUUGAAGGAGCUCCAUUUCCUCAUGUCGUCGGUGGUAAGGAUGCUCCCGCAGGCAAAUAUCCAUAUCAAGUGUCAUUGAGAUUAUCUGGCUCGCACAGAUGCGGUGCAUCUAUUCUUGACAGUCAUAAUGUAUUAACUGCAGCUCAUUGUGUUGACGGAUUGAAUAAUUUAAACAAUCUAAAGAUCCAUGCCGGCACAAACCGUUUGAACGAAUCAGGAGAGGUUUAUGACAUAGAGAGUGUUGACGUUCAUGAAGAUUAUGAUAACUUCUUAUUGAGAAAUGAUGUCGCUUUAAUUCACCUUAACAAUUCUAUUAAAUUCAAUUCGCUAGUGCAACCAAUAAAUCUUACAACAAAUGAUCGUGAUCUCGAGAAUAAGUCGUGCACUUUAACUGGAUGGGGAAGAACAUCGCUUGGUGGAAGUAUUCCAAAUACAUUGCAAGAAAUUGAAUUAAUAGUUUAUCCUCAAAAAAAUUGUGAAAGAGAUCAAUGGAGAGUGAUAGAUAGCCACAUCUGUACUUUAACUAAACGAGGAGAAGGAGCAUGCCACGGUGAUUCUGGUGGACCGUUGGUGGCCAAUGGAGCUCAAAUUGGAAUAGUUUCCUUCGGUAAUCCCUGCGCACUUGGAUUACCAGAUGUUUACACAAGAGUGAGCAGUUUCGUCCCUUGGAUCAACGCAAAGAAGAAAUAAAAAACAUUAUUUAAUUUGUUUAUUAAAAUGUUUUUUUAUUUUACGUGAUUUAUAAUUUAAUUU